ACCCGGAGAGCUUUACAACGCCCCGCUUCGUCAUGUCUAUUUCGUAACUCUUCCACCACCAACUGAUUGAGGUUACCGAUGGAUAAAAUGCUAUUACGCAGUCUAUUCUGCACAACCGUUAACUAGAAUGGAGGCGACGGCUACUGAUGCUGAUAUUGAUCAGCAAUCCCAUCCUACAGUAGCUGAAAGCGCCGCAUCAUGUCUACACUCUUUCCAGCAAUGUGUUCAAAGAGCAGCAUCCAUCCACCCACGAGAACUUUCACUUGUGGAAGACCAACUAGCAAGGUUUUCUGUUUGGACGACUAAUAUCAGAGUAUUUGCACCAGGUCGAGCGGCGCUAGACCAUCGCCUACGCGAGGCUCCUGAUGUUCAGGAUGCCGUUAUCGGUCUUCUUGAUGCGCUGGCUUUCCGCGUCCAGAGCUGUUGGAAUAGUCUUGAGCCUCUUAGUUCUAAAGUAGCUCAAGAGUCUAGUCAGCUCUUAGUAGAGGUCGACCCUAAGUUCCGGCAAUCAAUCCAAGGAAUCGCCAAUGAAAUAAGUUUACUCCAUAGAUUUUCAAACACUAUUCGUAGAGCAAGCAAAGAAGCCCAGAACCUCAAAGCGGCAGACUCAUUUCGAAUCCGCGAUGACGAAGGGAACGAUGCCGAGGUCUUUAUAACGAAGUUGUUCGCUAACCACGUCCGAGACAAAUUUCCAGGGGUUAGCGACAGUAUUUGUCAACGCCUCGCCGAAACUAUGGUACUGCGACGGAAACGGAUUCUUUAUAGGAGAUCUCGUUACGGAAAUGCUCCCAUCAGACCCCAAGAGACUCCCUCUCAACCUCGGGUCACUGUACCCAAAGUCCAACUCAAGAUCCGUGCGGCGGAGCAUCCACAGGUAUCUGAGGGACCCCAAGCCGCCGGGGAUGCAUCCAAAAGCGCUAUACAAUCCGUAGCGCAGAGUGCCACCACAUUGGCCCCUAGUAACUUUCAAAAGGCCUCAGCUCCGUCUGUGGUCUCUGUGUCGAAGACUGUAGCGUUAAGCAAUCACGAAGAGCUUCCAUUCCCUCCAGCUCCGCUCGGCAGUCUAAAACGGAAAUACAAUGAAAUUAGAAGACAACGAGAAGAAAUUGACAAACAUAAUCUCGACUCCCCAAAUAGCGGGGAUAAACUCAAGUCUCUCAAUUCAGUAUGGAAAGAGAAAGCUAAGGAAAUAGAAGAAAUUAUAAAGGCUGUAGGGGAGGUAACCUGUCCGUUCUGCUUUUAUGCCCUUCCGGCAGAGGAUGUGAUGGAUGAUAACAAAUGGAGGCUCCACGUCAAAAAUGACCUCGACGCAUACGUAUGUCUAUUCGAGGACUGCAGCUUACCUCAUGAGUUAUACGUGCACAGUAGCGCCUGGCUUAAUCAUAUGCGCGAGCAUGCCAUGCGCUGGCGUUGCACAUCAAAGUCUCACGGGCAGUUUGUAUGCGAUUCUAGAGACGAUUAUCUCAUCCACAUGAAGACCGCGCAUAAAGGUAAAUUCUCCGACGCACAACUUCAGGCUUUAGCCGAUAGAAACGGUCGGGUCAUUGGUCCUCUAUUUAGAUCUUGUCCGUUAUGCGGGAAGGAAGAGGUCGACAGCACCAUGGAUAAUCAUAUCGUUGGUCAUCUACGGUUUCUUGCUCUGAAGUCUCUGCCUACAUAUGAAGAGGAAGGGCUAGAAGGCGAAGAAAGCCAAAAAGGCUGCUCGAGUGCUUCAAGAGCACAAACUAGGAGCACAGUCGAGAACGAACUAAGGGGACACAAAUUGGAAAUGCUUGGGGGUGGUAGCGAGGCUAGCGACGAACACUUAGACACCAUAUCGGACGGCCGCCCAGAAUGGCAGAGCGAAGACAUUUCAUAUCUAGAUGAUCUAGAUGACACACCCAAUAACCCAUUAACGAAAAAGGAUUCAGAGCUACUGGAAUUACAGUGGGGUUUUGUUCUUAACCAACAUGAAGUGUUCAGGAGCCUCGAAGAUGACCCUAUUCUUCAAAAGUUCCUUGUCAAGCAUGAUCAUGAAACGAUUGGCAAAUCUUCCUUAAUUUUACCGAUUAUCCCUUCGUAUGCGCCAAACAAAACCAAGGGGCUCCCGACCAGCACUUUCAACGGCUUUACGUUUCCACCUACGUAUACUAGACCUCCCCAACCUCGUCGUUCUAGUAAUUCUCCAUCAUAUUCUUUACCCCGCGGAGAGGACUUUUUAGCCGUUCCAGAAAGCUUCGUUGGUAAUGACGAUGAUCCAUGGUUUCCCUCGCCUUCUUCAUCCACCGAACUAGACUUUUUGAGCAGUCCAAACUUCGUUAGUAAUGACGAUGAUCCAUGGUUUCCCUUAUUCCCCCAAGAUGAUACUGUCACCCACCAGGGUAAUGCCACCAAUCGUGACCACGGGAAUCCUCGGAACGUGAAUUACGCCAAGUCAUUUAAUCCUGAAGAUAUCAUUUUUAAAGACAACGUUACGGAACGGGAACGGCUUGUAUCGUACCCUGAAUCCGACACGGUUAUCCGCCAAGAUAACAUUACUCCUAAACUGGCAGUUCGUGAUAUAUUGACGGCUGACGACGAUCCAGGUGGUCUGGACCAGUGGCCACUACCACCACUACCUUCCCCUCCAUCUAAUUUCAGCCAGGUGAGCUACGCAGCUCGAGCACCGCUAGAAUUAAUAGACGGAGAUCCUGAGAACGAUAUAAUAAAGAAGAAACUGGCAGAGAUGAGUGCCGAACGGAAGAACACGGAAGCCAGCGACAAGCAUGAGGAAUUUGAAGCUCGAAUUGAAGACCAGAGCUUAAACGCGAUUUUAGACAAAGCGAUGCAAGAUAUAAAUGAUGUAAAAAGAAAAAGGGAAACUAGAGAUAUACCUACGACACAACCUCAAACCAUGGAGCAGCUCCUCUCGCCGAUUCCUAUGACUAAUGCGCAGGACGAGGGGGCCAAAAUUCGUGAAAUGCCCUUAGAGACCGAGGAUCCCAGCCGGGAUCCAGUACGGCAGAGUCAACCAAUCUCCGAACGGCCCAAAGAUUGUCUUGAAGUGCGGCAGCAAACGCCAAAGACUCAGGAUAUCCUUCCUAGCAGCCAUAGUAGCUAUUACGAUAAUACUCAGCCAGGCAGCUCCAAAAGUGUCUCAAAUUCAGAUCAUACGGCGCAAUCCAAAAACAGGCCACAGACUACGAGCAACGAAAACGAGUCGGAUACCAUCAAUAACGAGAUCAUUCAGAUCAGCAACCGACUAUCAAACGUCACGUGGGACAUGAUUGAUAUGGAAAAUCUAAGAUUAGAUGUUACGAUAUCCAGGUCUCUGAGAGUUGACGACCAGUACAUUCCCAUGCAAGUUACAAUCCACAUUCCGCGAGGAUAUCCAAAGACCGGUUCACCACAGUUCAAAAUAAAAAAUACUCCGGGAGUGGAUGAUAGUCUCUGUGAAGUUGUGAGCGCAGGGAUCCACGAUCGAGAUAAUAGCUUAGACGCAGUGCUUACGUACUUGUCUGGCGGGAUUGAAUUAAUGACGCAUAUGAGAGAUAAUAAUAGGAUUACUAUAGCGAAGCCAAUAGGAGGUGGUAGGUAUACUGUAACGACGAAUAUGAGGGGAAAUAGCAAUGAAGACCAACAGGAGGAAGCGCUGGGAAGUUUCUACGACAAGUCGGGGAAUACAGGAGGAACGUACACACAGCAGCACAAACCUCGCAAAUCUUUUAUAAGAUUAGAUCCAGAUUGUGCAAUUUGUCAUGCACCUGCAAACCUCAGAUGCGAUUGCGAGGCUAAGGCCUUUGAAAUAGCCGUUAAGCAAGCUGAAUCUAAGAUAGUGUCUCCGAUAUACAGGGACGCACGGGUGUGGGUUCGUAGUCACGCUCAAGAUUUCGUACGAGAACGCUUCUCGAGAGAUAUGCAGGAACAUCAAGAAACCGCUGCGAAGGAUUCCAGUGAACAAGGAAAUCGGAGAGAGGUGAUAGAAGGACACACGCCGCCAAUAAAGGAGCAAGUCAACGCUAGUUGGAGGUCGGCCGUCCAGUCGUUUCCCGAGACACUCGAGUACUUUUAUAGCCUCGUCGAAGUGACGCUUCCCAGUGACGAUGAUCCCGCCGUAAAGGAUCCGCCACUCAGCACGCUAUCGGGUUCGAAAAAGCAUUCUCGACAAAACCAUCUGCAGUCUCCGUUUGAACCUACUAAAGCUGAAACUUCGAAGCAAGGGGAGGCUGCAGGAAGCGAAGGCUAGCCUGCUCAACGCGAGGUUCACGAGAUAGGCGUAACUAUAGGUUAGGGACGUAAUACAGAGUGUCGUCCGACGGCUCUGGAGCUGGAGACCUAAAUACGAGUGAACCCGUAAUUCGGCUACAGAAUAUAAUAAUCUAACGAGGUAUUAUACCUGAAAGUAUGAUAUAUAAAAGCCUAAAACUAACACGUGUAAAUAAACAUAUCAGGGGCUUGCUAUCAAUAUACAACCAUCCGGCAUUCAAAUAUACCUACCUUGAGGUAAGUAUCAAGUAUCUAAAGCGCACUUGUAAUGUACAUCUCAGGGUCCUAUAGUAUAGUAUAGGUACCUACCUACCCUUCGAUGAUAUUAUUAUACUCAUCAACUUCCCUCACUCCUCUACCCCAACAUCACCCCCUAUCCCAUCCUUCAGCCCCCCACAUUAACAACAACAACAGCAUACACACCACCAUUAAUCA